GCCCUGAGAGGCAACGAACCAAUGAAGCGCAACCUUAGCGUCCUUGUCUCGUGGAAAUGUUCUGGGCUUAGAGUCAGAGAGCCGCGUGUCCACGAAAGGACAGCGCGUAUCAACUGCCUACGAGGGAGGCCUCGCGUCUCGAGCCGCCUUUCUCUUUAGCUUCGAGCCACGGCUCAGUUUUCACGGCAGCCUCAUCCAGGAACUACUCGCAGAAUGUCUGAAAGACAGAAACGCGGUGAAACGUUAACGUGAUUUUCUUCUUCGCCUUUGAUUUCGCGCGCGUGAAACGGAUCGAAUGGUAAACUGGUCGAGCGACGAAUAUGUGACUCGAAGACGACGACCGUCAUCGUGCUUUCAGAACGUGCUGUCCGUACGCGAACCGCAAUACAAGAUGAUACUUUUCCCGUUGUUAUGGGUGUUGAUCGUGCCCCCUGCCAUCAUGGGCGGCUACGUUCCACCCGGACCACGGUUUAGAUGUCCAAAAGAAUCAAAGUACGUCUAUCCUUGCUUGUGCGUUCGUGGCAGUGACAGAGGCCUUUAUGUUCGUUGCGAGAACACCAAUUUGGCAAGUUUGAGCUUGGCUUUCUCCAAUUUUGGUAACGAGGGCAUACCGAUCGAGGAACUUGUUCUGUACAAAUGCAACAUAGGACGUUUUUAUGGGCCCGCUCUCUAUCCUCUGGACGUUCGAGUGUUAAGGUUCAUCGACACUCCAUUGAGACUGAUAGAAGAACACAGUUUUCUCGGCGUGAACAGAACUCUGCAAGAACUUUACGUGAUAAACAGCACUCUAGAGAAAUUCCCGCGUCAGGCGUUGCAAAUUUUAGGGAAUUUGAGUAUCCUGAGUAUCGUUGGCCAUCGAAUCUCCACUCUACCGGUGGACAGCUUCGCUGACAGCAUUGCGGCUGCUAAGAUCGAAAAGUUGGAGAUCAGCAACGGCACUCUGACUUCUUUGCCCGUGGAAGCGUUGGCUCCUCUGAAGAAACUGAAGAAAUUGGAUCUUCACGAUAACGAGAUUAAGGAGCUGAAGAGGAAUCAAUUCAAGGGUUUGAGGGACACGGAAUAUCUAGAUCUAUCCCACAAUCAGAUUAACAAGCUCGAUGGAUCUCAUUUGGCCGACUUGACGAAGAUGGGCUGGUGCAAUUUGUCUCACAAUGCCAUUUCAGAUUUAAAAAGGGGAACAUUCGCGAGAAACUCGCUGCUGAAGGUGCUCAAUCUGAGCCACAAUAAAAUCAGAAAACUCGACUCGAAUACCUUCCGUGGUAUGCGCUUUCUGAUAAGAUUGUACUUGAGCGACAAUCAGAUAAACGACGUUGGAAGAGGUACCUUUGGCCCUGUUACCAGGAUAGGUACCAUUGAUCUGGCUAGGAAUUUUAUCAAAAAGAUCGACUUCCAGAUGUUUAAUCAGCUGCAGUUCGCAGAGCUGUUAGACGUGUCCGAGAAUUUCGUGACAGUGGUAGAAAAGCUGUCUUUCAAAGAUCUUUACUUGGCGAAGAUCAAUUUAUCUCGCAACGAGAUUUCAAAAAUAGAAGCAGGCGCCUUCGAAAACUGCGUCAACAUCACGAUCCUGGAUCUAAGUCACAACAAGCUCGAAAAUAUUUCCAGAUACUCGUUCGACAGCGCAACUUACGCCACGGAACUGCGAUUGAGCUACAAUCGAUUCACCGCGGUCAACCAGGUGCCGCUGCACAACAUGACCGGACUGAAAGUUCUCAACGUGUCGCACAAUUUGAUCCAUUCGGUGCCUCGUCAGACGUUUCCCAAGCUAUACGAGCUGCACACGAUCGAUCUGUCCCAUAACAACUUGUCCGAAAUCCACAACGCCGUAUUUCAGACUCUCUUCAGUCUUCGUUUCUUAAAUCUAUCGUACAAUUCUCUGGAGAAGAUAAAACCGUCCACGUUCGGUCCUCUGCCAACGCUGUUGGAGUUGGACAUGAGUUACAAUCAAUUGAACGAUAUCGCUCGUGGCAGUUUAACCAGAUUGCCAAGCUGCAGGAGUCUGUCUGUCAGGAAUAAUCGAUUGACGAAGAUCUUCCAGUUGCCUAUUUCUCUCGGUAGCUUAGAUUUUUCCGAAAAUUGGCUGGAGGAAAUUCCAACGAUGGACGUAUGGCCCACGAUGAACGCUCUUCUCUCGCUGGACCUUUCGGGCAAUCGAUUGGGCGAUAACCUGAAACACGGCAGCUUCGAAAACCUGCUUACCUUGAGGACUUUGAACCUGCAGUCGAACAACAUGACGAGGCCACCGUGGGAGGCACUAAGCACUCUAACUAGCUUGCAGUAUCUUUAUAUGCAGCACAACCAGCUAACCGAAUUAGGAAAGUCCGCUUUCGGACGUCUUCCAAUAGUGUUCGAACUGAAUCUGGCGAACAAUCGGAUAUCGAACGUGAGCAUCCGAGCUUUCGAGGGACUGUUGCAGUUGUUGACGCUGAAUUUGACGAGCAAUAAACUUACCCACAUCCCCAAUGGAGCGUUUCAGAGUCUCGUCUCUUUGAGGUCUUUGGACCUUUCUCACAAUAAGUUGGAAAGACUGGAUAACAAAACCCACGGGCUUCUGGACGAUUGUUUAUCUCUGGAGAGACUCAAUCUCAGUCACAAUAGAAUAUCUUUCAUUACGAAGAAAACGUUUCCCAACGAUCCUUGGAUCCCUUAUCGACUGAAAGAAGUCGAUCUUUCGUACAAUACCAUGCCUGUGUUGACGCACGAACUCACUGUAGGAACGAAAAAGUUGCAGUACUUGAAUAUCAGUCAUAAUAACAUCAACGAGAUUCGAAGAUAUGUGAUUGGGAAUUUGACAGCGAUGCGAACGCUGGACCUCUCCUACAACGAGAUCAACGACCUCUCAGAACCGGAUAUCUUUGAUCCUCCGAAAAAUUUGACUAAUCUGUACCUGAGUCACAACCGUCUGACUCACGUACCCUUGAACAAGAUCCUUCCGUUGCCGAAAUUGAAGAUUCUCGACGUGAAAUCCAACUCGAUCGGAGUGUUCAACGAUAUGUUCAUGAAGAUUAUAGAAAAUAGCACGAAGCUUCAGUAUAAUGGAAAUCCAUUGCACUGCGACUGUUACGUGAGGCCCUUGAAACGAUGGUUGAACGUUCAUACCGAAAUACCAAAGGAAUGGUCGAACGUUAGUUGCGAAAGUCCGCGUUUCCUGGCCAACAAAUUGCUGACUGAGGUGACGGAAGAUUUGAUGGCAUGCGGUCAGAGGGAAGUGAAGGGGUAUCCCGAGUUCGACAUUACUCCGGACGUAAAGUAUCGAAAUAUCGAGUACAACGAGGAGGACAAGAGUUGGAAGGCGACGUGGUACGUGACGUCGCGAGAAGACAUCGGCGACUUUUACGUGGUGGUUCGUGAAUCUGGAAGCAGCAAGUCCGCGAUCGAGAAAGAUCUCGUCUACAGCGAGAGGUCCUUUAAAAUUCCAGAGUUACAGGAUUCCGGGACAAAGUACGAGCUGUGCGUGCUGGCGAGAGACUCGGAGGGAAACGUGAAGCAUUUUCGAAGCUCCCAGUGUCGGAUAUUGGCGCAGCACGGGCUCAACUCUUCCACGUCGAGGUUCACAGUGAACGCGUUCCUGAUUCUAAUCGCCGUGUCCUUCGGUACUCUAGCGUGAUGGCAGAAGAAAAGAGCGUCGCGACAUCGUGCUAGAUGUUUCGCGCGAUUCUCUCGCUGCUCCCACGACUAACCGUGUAAAUAACGAUACGAUCGUAAAUCAAUGUUCCGGCGUGGAUCGUGGCUGUACAUAGGUUGUGUUUUACCAGUACGCAUCGCAAAGACGUUGACCGUCGUGUAUUUAUUUUUGUAAAAUAUAGUCGCUGAUUGGUACUACGACUCUCGUUGUUCACUCUGGACGAAGAAAUACGACACGAGACACAGGCGAUUUGUCGGCAGGGACUAAACGAAACCGAUCGGUCGGUAUCGGAGACGAUAGGAUGGAGACGAAGGAUAAAAAGCGUGGCGAGCAGUGGUAAUUGGAGAUCGUUAGGUGGUUGAGAGUUGUAGACGAUUAGCGGACAAUUUGUCUUAAUAACUUUGGUCGUCUAAUCCCACGAACCUAAUUCCUCGCGGAGCGUUGUCCCGUCGUUAAUAAAGGCGUUUCUCUCGCAGGCCCGGUUGAAAAAGUUCUCAAGGAAGUCAGCGGGCUCGCGAGCCGCGCGUAGUAAGAUGAUUUCAUUAUUCCGCGUGUUAUAAUUAGCAUCCACGGUUAUCCCGGAGGAAGAGGAACGGCUCGGGGCCUUUCUAAUGAGGCCCAAGUCCCGUGGAAGUUGUCGCUUCCGCAAAACUAUCCGCCACGAAGAUUAAUGGCGUCAGCGUCGAUCACGAUCAUCCACGCGACACGUUUCGUUCUGCUCUUCCUUCCUAUCGUUCGCUCCAUCGGCCAUUAUUCGGCCUUGUUCGGUGGUCUUCCUCGCGAUGUCGCAGAAUUCGCCAGAUACGUAACAAGGAGGGACGUGACCAUCCUGUUUCGUUGACGAUUAACGGGACUUUGGAUCGGUAAACGCGCAACGCGCACGAUCGUUAUCGCCUCUACGCAAAGAAAAAAGAUAAUUUACUUUUUUGAGCAUCCGCUCUUAGACAAGAAAAAAGUGGAUUCUUUUGGCAAAAAAAAAAAAAAGAAAGAAAAAAAAAGAAAAAAAGUCCAAAGGAAUUUCCUCUCAAAUAUUUGAGGUACGACGUAAUGCUUAAAUUUUGGUUCCGAGCAAACGCUUCGAGGAAGAACCGUGUUCAUCCUGCUCCGUUCUCCAAGCGAAGAUUAUAUCCUUGAAUUUUCUCAAAGCGACGAAACGGUUUAAAAACCGACCGUGUAACAUGGUAAAUAGUACUUUGCUGGUAUCCUAAGAUUUACCCCGAUUUUUUGAAAGAACAGAAUAAUAAAAUGAUU